GAAUUGACCUACGACAAACAACGGCUUGAGGAAAGCGACUUAGUCGUGUUUCACGCUAGAAACAUGCCAAGUGUAGAUCAUCUAAGAACGCUGCUGAAAAACAGGUCCACUUCACAGCGCUGGGUAUAUGCUGUGUGGGAAAGUCCAAAUGCAACACCAAAUCCUGCUCCAUUAAACGGGCUGUUUAACUCAACGUGGACUUACAGAAGCGAUUCAGACUUCUACUCGCCAUAUGGAAGUUACGAGGAACUGACUGAAGAAGAAAAAUUGAAUAAAGUAAGAAACAUACCCGACUAUUCCCAAGGAAAAACUGAACUUGUGGCUUGGAUGGUUAGUAGUUGUGGCGUUCAACCUCGAAUGGCUUUUGCCCAAACGCUGAGAAAAUACAUCAAGGUUGAUGUAUUUGGAAGGUGUUCCGAAAAAUUUGGGCAACAGAGAGGUUGUGGAAAUCUAACUGCUUGCCUUAAAACGUUUAAGUUUUAUUUGUCAUUCGAGAACGCUUUGUGUGAGGAUUACAUCACUGAAAAAUAUUGGGGAAGGCUCGGUAAGACCCGUGUGCUUUAGUUUGAAAUUUAGCCCAUUUUUAUAGUCAAAAAUCGAAUUUCUUUAAUUCAUAGCACGGUUUCUAGGGCAUCUUUGCAUGUCUUGCAGUCAAACCAGGUCAAGCGUUCCCGUCGCUAACGAACUAAUGAAUUCAUUAACGAAAAAAUGAUUUCCUUUGUUGACUCAAUAAUCCAUUCAUAAAAGACAUAAAAUGAACAAUCCAAUAUUCAUAUUUACCCUCUAUUCCAUAAUCGAAUGUUGAUUCGAUUACUGUUUUUUUGAAAAACAACAAUUUCCACAAGUCGACCUCAGAAUUUUGUUUUUCUUCUUGUUUUCUAAGAGUUGAGUGCGAGCGAGUUCUGAAGUUCAAACCCAAACAAAUUGUUACAUGUACGCCAUUUUGCUGCCAAUAAUCAGUGCAACAGACCCGACCUUUUAGAAAACACGACGGUCAAACUGAGGUCAGUGUAUGAGCGGUGAUUGGUGGAUUUCGAUCCUCGGCCUUUGUCAGUUUCUUUGCGUUUGCGGUCUGUCUAUUCUAGCUGUUAUUUUGAUUAAAGGCAAUAAAAAACGCAAUUGUAAACGGCAGGAAAAGGGAAGCAAAUGCGAUUGAACACAACAGACGAGAAUAAAGAACAGGUAGAUUUUGUUCAUAAAACAAAUCAAUAUUUCAUUAUUGAAUCGAGAUCCAAUUUGACUGUUGGAUUAUUCAUUUUAUGAAUGGAUUAUUGAACAAACGAAAUCAUUUUUGCAUUAAUGAAUUCAUUAGUAUGUUAGCGACGGGAACGCUUGACCUGGUUUGACUGUAAGUCACUGACAAAGAUUCUUUUAUCAUUACAAUGAUGAAAGAGAAUUUUAAUGGUACGUACUUCAUGUAAGACUAAGAUGUAAGACAUAAAUUCCUAUGUCAUAAUUUGGAGGAUGGGUCGAUUUGUGGGGGGGAGGAGUCGGUGACAAUCAGGGGGGUUGUACAAAAGAGAGAGUCUCCAGUGAUUAGAUCUCCAGAGGUUGGCAUCUCUGUUUCCGAGAGUAGCGCAACAUCUGGAAAGGUAGCGCUGUUUUACUUACUCUGCGUGGCAAUCAGGCUGUAUUUGUCCGGACGGAAUGUUCCCGGGGGUACUCCCUGUAAUGGCCUAUACGUGUCGGCUCCGCCCUAAUGGGGUACCUUAUCAGGCUUUAGGGAUAUGAAAGGGUAGGGAUUUCACUAGUUGAAGUAUGUGAAUGGGUGGGGAAAUCUGUCAUUUCAGUUGUAAAAAGGCUCAAAAGGACUGACAGAUCAGAUACAUUUUAUCUCUGUAAAAAAGUCGAGAGAACGUUCUGUUUCUGUAGUUUAUUCUUAUUUUAAAGACAGUGAAUUUACAUCUGCAAUUAAAAUGGAUGGAAAGUCCUAAACUACUAGGAAGGUGAAAGGGAUACCAUCUGUCGAUAGAAGGUAUUGUUGGUUUUCAGUGUCACGCCAUUCAAAAUAAAUCAAAAUCAAAAUCAAAAUUAUUCGACAGAUAAAGUCCAGAAUCUGGGAAAUGAAAGGAGGUAAAUAUACAAAGACCCUCGCCAAGAUUUGGGUCGAAGGAACAAUUCGUAUACGAGAUAAUGUUUUACCCAAAUUUAUGGAGCUUUGUAUGGAGACGCCAUGCUGGAGCUCAUCCGGAUGAGCUCCAACAUGUCCGACGGAAACCAACAGAGACAUCUGUUACCAAGUUUUGCUAUAAAAAGCGUGAAUUUACUCCUAGAGGAACUCAUAAACAUUAAAGUAAUACUUUUUCUAAUACUUGAACUGUUUUGAUAGCAAAAUUCUUCGAAAAAAGUCACUUUUUUAACCUAAAUGACAGCUCUCUCGGCCGUCAUGUAAAUGGUGCGUCACGCAAAAGCUUAGAAAUUCAAGCGUACUCUAUUACAAAACCAAGAACCCUUUUGAAGCCAAAAUUUGUUCGAAAAUCAGUUAUCAGCUGCUCUAAUACACCACGGAAGUAAAAUCUCAGUAGGGUCAAUAGUUUUGUAGUUAGACUUUUAGUGACGUCAUCUGAAAACCAAAUAUACGAAAGGGGUACCUUUCCUCUCAAAAAUUCCCCUAUAAAAGGGACAAGGGCCGGAUCUAUCUAUCCUCCAAGUAACAAACAAAAACCUGUCGGCAAAACCUACAGACCUAAACAUGAUAUUUUCUGCCUUUUAAUAGCAUAUAGUUUUCCUUUUUGAUAUCUUAUAAUAUACUUCGAAUGCGCUCAUAGACAUGGUGGAUUCUAUUUUCGCGGGGAAAAAGUGCCCUAAAAUGUGUCUAAAAAUAGACUGGUCCGUGAAACCGCCGUGACAUAGGCCUAGUAUGGGAGUUACUCGCUCAAGGUUAUGGGCUCCUAAAUUGUGGCAUUUUAGAAUACUCGCUAGCCUAAAAGUUUUUCUAAUUUCCUGUUUUCCUGAUUCUGUAAGUGUUUUCUUCUCUAAUUGGCAAUAUUGUGACUGAAAUGAACUUCUGCCUGCGGGCCAUGGUACAGGCCCUCUAACUGGGACAGAUUUCUGGGACGGUUAUUAGAGGGUGACCGCUUAAUACAGGUGCACAGCAUUGGUAAAUAGCAUUUCAGCCAUGGGCGUCUACCAGUUAAAGAGGGUCUGAAUGGGGGUACAUCGAUAACACUAAACACUUCAUUUUUUGGCAGUUAAAUUUUGGGCAUUUUAACACUAACAGUAAAACAUUCUUUCAAACAGUAAAUUUUUUUCCAGAAGGAAGAAAAAACGUCUCCAAAAAGGCCAAUAUUAUUUUGUUUAGUUUUUCAAGGAAUUUUUGGCCAUUUUAGGACAAUUUAUUUCAGAUUUCCGAAGAGUGCCGAACAUUUUCGAAGACUAACGAAGAGGUCUGACCAUUGCUGAAGAUAUCCGAAGAACCCUCCAAACACUUAAACAGUACUUUCUUCGGAAACAGCAAACAUUAAAAACUUGGCUGAUUUAACAGCAAACACUAAAAAUUAUGGGAGAAUAACAUGUAACACUAAACCCCAUUCAGACCCUCUUUAAAUAUUGCACAGUGUGGUAGUUUUCAGAUCAUGAUUAGAUCUUUUUUUUAUUCCAGGUGAUAUGAAUGUCAUCCCAGUAGUGAUGGGAGGUGCUAAUUACUCCAAGCUGGCUAUUCCGGGGUCUUAUAUCAAUGUUAUGGACUUCAAAACUGUUAAACAACUGGCAGAGUACCUUCAGUAUCUGGACAAAAAUAACACCGCUUAUAAUGAAUACUUUAAAUGGAGACUAAAAUACAAGGUGUUUCGCAGCAACCUUGAUUUAUCAAUGUGUCAAAUAUGUAAAUGGUAUGUUUCAAAAUCUCCGCUUGAACCGAAAGUUUAUGGUGACCUUAGAACGCACUGGCUAAAGAAGGGACGAUGUAAUAAGAAAAGCCAUCUUAUCCGAAAUAUGUGGAAAGACGAAUGA